AUGGCCCCCGUCGGGGCGAUGAGCAGGGAGGAUGCAAGCGCCAACAACAGCGCGAAGCAGAGGGCUCCGCGACUGCUUCUGCUCCUGCUCCAAGCAAUGCUGCUGCCGCGGCACAUCGACGGUGGGCUGCAGCGCCCGCCGCCGCCGCCUGCGCCGACGCUGCACCAGUCAUGCAUGCUGCUGCAGGUGCUGCUGCCGCUGUCCCUGCACCCACUGCCGCUGCCGCCCCCAGCCCUUCUUCUCCUGCCACUG